AUGCAAUUCACUACCACCCUCGCUCUCCUUCUCUCCUUAACCUCAGCCACCCUCGCUGCCGAGUCCAACAAAAUGGCCCGUGCUGCCGACCUUGCCGCCCUUGAGGCAGCUGACCUCCUUCCUAGGGAUGUUCCAGGAAUCACCUGAUACGAAGGUCAUGUACCUAACAUCUUUGAAAGAUAGAGAGAGACAAUGAAAUUAGGCUAACGUUGUACAAUUUAGAGAUGUCGAGCGAACCCUUGUGCAGGAAAAUGUGGACCAGCCAACCCUCAACCUCCAAGAAGCCCAGGCCCAGGAAAACGAUCAAACCGCGCAGGCGCAACGAAACGAGAUGGACUGA